UGGUGCCGCACUAUAACUCAAAGUCAAUGACGGUGGUGCUUGUGGUAGAAGGAAAUGGAUGGUUCGAGAUGGCUUGCCCUCAUCUAGCCCAAGCACAGCAGAGGUGGGGCUCAGGUGGAGAGAGAGAAGAAGAAGAGGAGGAGGAGGAGGAGCAAGAGACAGAGCAAGGAGGUAGUGCAAGAUACCAAAAGGUAACAUCCCAACUGUCACCUGGCGACAUUUUCGUCAUCCCGGCAGGUCACCCAAUCGCUAUCGUCGCGGGGCAGAACGAGGAUCUGAGAAUGGUUGGGUUCGGAAUCAAUGCUCAUAAGAACGAGCGAAUCUUCCUCGCAGGGAAAGAGAACAUAAUCAACCGGAUGGACAGAGAGGCCAAGGAGCUGUCCUUCGACCUCCCCGCGAGAGAAGUGGAUCGCGUUUUCAGGAACCAGGAAAAGUCCUACUUCGUGUCCUCGGUGCAGCAGCAACCUCAGCGUGAGCGGAGAGAGCGCCGCAGCAUCGAAAAAAUCGAAGGGUCACAACAACUCCGACAGAGCAAGCGGAUGGACAAAAGUGACACUAAAGGGUCGGAAGGAUCGUCGUCAUCGGCUAUGGCGUCGAUACUGAACUUGGCCGGCCUUUCCUGAGGAGGAA